UUUGUGUAUUGACAGGUUAAGGCUGCCACCUUCUGGGUCAUUAUGGUAAAGGCAGUUGUUAUGUUACGUUGUUGGCAAAUGAUAAUUGAGCCUUUGCGGCACCUGUAAUAACAGAGUCUGUCCCCGGAAGUAAGAAGUAAAGACGUGUUAAGUUGUUCUGCUCAGCCUGUUUAUUGUCUUCCACCUGAUAUACUACAAAUGGCGACGAGGAUAUUUAAUGAAUACCGCUGCGUCAAUGGUUUGUAAGAGUCACGUACACAGGUCGUGGUAAAAAAAAAAAAAAGUUUUUUUUUUCCGAGGAACCAGGCACGUGUUGGAUUAGCAGUUAACAUUGAAAUCAGCAUGGCUGUGCUAGUCGGUCGUGUGGAUGAAUACAAUGACGCGAAGGAGGAUUUUGAGUCGUAUCUGGAACGUCUGGAGCAGUGGAUGUUGGCGAAUGACAUCGAGGAUGAAAAGAAAGUCUGCGUGUUUCUCUCGGUGAUUGGGGCUGAUGCUUAUAAGCUGCUGAAGAAUCUGGUGUCACCGACAGUACCGAGUGCUAUGGCGUAUGCUGAUCUGGUGAGAGCACUGAGCACGCAUUACAAGCCGGCACCGAUUGUAAUCGCGGAACGGUUUCGGUUUCAGAGGCGUAACCAGAAAGAGAGUGAAACUGUCUCUGAUUAUGUGGUGGCUUUGAGGCAGUUAGCUGCUACCUGUGUUUUCGGACAGUACCUGGAUGAUGCGCUGAGAGAUCGUUUUGUGAGUGGAUUACGCUCGGAUGCCGUGCAACGCAGGUUGUUGUCUGAGAAGGAUCUGACCUUCUCGAAGGCUUGUGAGAUUGCAGUGUCAAUGGAACUGGCGUCAAAGAAAUCGAUGGAAUUUUCUGGACACAGCGAGCCUCAGCAGGUAAAUGCCCUGUCAAGUGCAAGCUUUUCUGAGAAGGGGAGGAAAGGUCAGUUUAGACGACAAAAUGAUGAUAAAAUGCAAAGCAAGGGACAGAAAGGAGUAAAAAAUUACUUGGGACCACAACAGACAUGCUACCGAUGUGGGGGAAAACACUCAGCACGUGACUGCAGAUUUAAAAAUGAAAAGUGUCAUACCUGCUCCAAAAUUGGACACAUAGCCCGUGCAUGUAGAAAGGGAAAGGCCAUUUCGCAAACUCAGUAUGUGGAAGCUGAAGUAAAUACAUCCAGAGUGGAUGAAGAGGCUGAACUUUUUGGAUUGUAUGCAGUAUACGCCACCUCAAGGUAUAAAAAGGGGUACACAGUGGAUGUUGCACUGGAUGAUAAGAGAACAACAAUGCUACUGGAUACAGGGUCAGCUGUGUCAGUGGUAUCUGAGGAUUUCUACCAGACGAAUCUCAACCAUUUCAGUUUAAAACCAGCCCCCGAGUUAAGGCUAAAAUCAUAUUCAGGCCAAAGUAUUGCUGUUCGAGGAUACAUUACGAUUCCAGUGCGGUAUGAAACACAGCAAGUUACCCUUCCUCUGGUCAUUGUAAAAGGAAGUAGACCAGCUCUGAUUGGUAGGAACUGGCUAAAGGAACUACACCUGAACUGGGAACAGAUUUUCACUGUACACAGGGUGUUUACACAGGCAGAUGGGACUCUAGGCGUGAACGAGGUGUUACAGCGCCACCAGGCAGUGUUCUCUGAGAACCAGGGUUGCAUAGAGGGCUUUAAAGCCAAAAUCCGUAUAAAACCAGGCACCACACCAAUCUUUUGCAAAGCUCGCCCGGUUCCUUACGCAUUAAAGGAAGCAGUAGAAAGGGAGCUGGACAGGUUGGAGAAAAUGAAAGUGAUUUCAAAGACUGAGAAAAGUGAGUGGGCCUCUCCGAUUGUCACUGUACCAAAGGCAGAUAAAACAAUUAGGGUUUGUGGCGACUACAAGGUCAGUAUUAAUCGGUGUAUGGAAGAGCAGACAUACCCACUACCUAACGCCGAAGAUUUGUUUGCUACUUUAGCAGGAGGAACAUUGUUCAGCAAGCUUGACCUCUCUCAUGCCUACCAGCAGUUGAUGUUAGACGAAGAGUCAGAGAAAUAUCUGACCGUUAACACCCAUAAGGGCUUGUACAGAUUUCAUCGCCUCAGCUAUGGGGUUUCCAGCGCACCUGCGAUUUUUCAGUCUGUUAUGGACCAGAUUUUACUAGGACUGGAUCAUGUGACAUGUUUUUUGGAUGAUAUUCUCAUCACUGCGUCAUCUGAGGAAAUGCAUUUAAAAAGACUGGAUGAAGUGCUCACACGUCUGGAAAAACACGGUGUCCGGGUGAAAAUGUCUAAAUGUAAGUUUUUUCAGAGCAGUGUGGAGUAUCUGGGACAUCGCAUCGACCAGGAUGGUCUGCACCCCACUAAUGAAAAGGUAGCAGCCAUAAACAAAGCGCCGGAGCCAAAAAAUGUCACUGAGCUGAAGUCUUUCUUAGGUCUUCUUAACUAUUACAGCCGUUUCCUGCCAAACUCCUCCACCAUCCUCCGCCCUCUACACAGCCUGCUGAGAAAAGAGGCAAAGUGGGUUUGGACCUUUGAGUGUGCUAAGGCAUUUGAAGAUGCAAAGCAGCUAUUACAGAAAAAUAAUGUGUUGGUGCAUUACGACACACGUUUGCCACUCCGGAUUGCGUGUGAUGCGUCACCCUAUGGAGUAGGGGCGGUGAUUUCUCAUGUCAUGAAGAAUGGAGAGGAACGGCCUGUGGCUUUUGCAUCAAGGACAUUAACGGAGGCUGAAGGGAAAUAUGCCCAAAUUGAAAAGGAGGCCCUUGCCAUCAUUUUUGGAGUAAAGAAAUUCCACAAAUAUCUAUAUGGGAGGAAAUUCACACUCAUUACAGAUCACAAACCACUGUUAACUAUACUGGGACCAAAGUCAGCGGUUCCAACUUUAGCGGCAUUAAGGAUGCAACGCUGGGCUCUCAUCCUUAUGGCAUACAGUUAUGAUAUUGAGUACAGAAGAUCAGCUGAUCAUGCUAACGCUGAUGCUUUGUCUCGCCUACCCAGUGCCUCAUUAGACAACACAGGAGAAGAGGGAGGUAUUUUCUACUUCUCACACGUGGAGGAACUACCAGUGAGUGCAAAAGACAUUGAGAGUGCUACUUUAAAAGAUCCUACACUGAACAAAGUGUGGAGCUACACAAUGAAUGGAUGGCCAAGUUAUGUUCAGGAGGAAGCACUACGGCCUUAUUUCAUACGUAGGCAGGAGUUGUCAGUGGAACAAGGUUGCGUUCUUUGGGGCCAGCGAGUCAUCAUACCCCCAGGCUAUCGGCAGCGCUUACUGGAUGACCUUCAUCAGGUGCACCCAGGUAUCUGCCGCAUGAAAGCUCUCGCUCGCAGUUCCAUGUGGUGGCCUGGCUGUGAUGGGGAUAUUGAGGAGCUCGUGAAAGGUUGCUCUAUAUGUCAAGCUGUUCAGAAAAUGCCAGCAGUCGCACCACUGCACCACUGGAGAUGGCCGGAAAGAGUGUGGCAGAGAAUUCAUAUUGAUUUUGCUGAAAAGGACAAGCAGUAUUUUUUGGUGGUCAUUGAUAGUCAUUCAAAGUGGUUAGAAGUGUUUCCUGUGUCCUCUACCACCUCUCACAAAACCAUUGAAGUGCUGCGAAGCCUAUUCUCUGCGUAUGGACUGCCAGAGGAGCUGGUAUCUGAUAAUGGUCCACAGCUGGUGUCGAGGGAGUUUACACAGUUCCUGGAGAGAAACGGUAUCAAACACACUGCUGUUCCUGCAUAUCAUCCUGCAUCGAAUGGAGCUGCAGAGAGGUCGGUGCAGAUUUUGAAACGUGCACUUACAAAGGAUGUGUUGGAGGCGGAGAAAAAGGCUCUUUUGCCACUCAGUCAUAGACUGGCAAAUUUCCUGCUCAUGUACCGCAGUACACCCCACACCGUGACGGGACGUACACCGGCUGAGUUAUUUCUGAAACGCCAGAUACGAACCCGCUUCAGUUUGCUUAGGCCCACGCUUGCCAGACGGAUGGAAGAGAAACAAGCCACUCAGAAACGUCAUCAUGACUGUGGUGGCUCAUCUCUUCGUUUCUUUCAGGAAGGGGAAGCGGUCCGCGUCCGGGAUUUCAGGGGAGGAGGGGACAAAUGGAAUCGGGCAAAAGUACUAAAAAGACUGGGAGCUGUCACAUAUUUGGUACAAGAGGGUCAGAGGCAACGCACAGUGCAUGUCGACCACAUGUUGCCCGGACGAGGAAAUGUGGGUACACUUCCACAAAGCUUGCCCUCACCAGUGGUGGAAAAUGAGCCGCAGGUAACUAUGGACUGUGCUUGUCCAGCUGUUUUGCCCAGUGCACCGGUGACGCUAAUAUCACCUACUGUUCUCUCUAAACCAACCGAACGGGUGGUCGAAGCGCCAUCCCCCACAGCAAACAAAAAGUCACCUGAGAAACGGAGGUACCCAGAGCGGGUCCGCAUACCACCUAAAAAACUGAAUCUAUGACCGGCAGGAAUUUCUUGGUAAAUGUGAAUCUGCACAGUGGAUGUAAGCUGCCAAGAGACAUUUUUUUUGUUGAAAAUAGGAAGUUUUGCCGUAAAUUUAGAUUUAAUUAAGGCAGUGGAUUUAUUUUGACUGUGAGAUUUAUAUGCAAAGUUAUUGUUGCUUGUUCUUUCUGAACUUAAAAUUGCUCUUGUUUAAAACUAAAAGGGGAGGAAUGUAAUAGAUUUGUGUAUUGACAGGUUAAGGCUGCCACCUUCUGGGUCAUUAUGGUAAAGGCAGUUGUUAUGUUACGUUGUUGGCAAAUGAUAAUUGAGCCUUUGCGGCACCUGUAAUAACAGAGUCUGUCCCCGGAAGUAAGAAGUAAAGACGUGUUAAGUUGUUCUGCUCAGCCUGUUUAUUGUC